AUGCUCAAUAGGAAAGCAUGUAUUCUUGUUAACAAAAUAUCUACCCUCCGUCGUCAUGCUGAGGCAAAGUUCUCUGGCAAAUAUCGAAAAUGGGCCAAAGAACAUUCGUUCGAGUCGAUGCUUCCUGGUGAUGUCAAGGCCCGCAAGGAUGAUGUGGCGCAGCAGAGCAUUGAUGCGCAUCUGACUGAGUGGAAGCUUGCUGAGCGAGUAGUUUCAUACUCGGAUAAGUCGUUCAAACAGGCUGCAAUUGAGUGGCUUGUGGCCACUGACCAGCCAAUUCAAGCACUCGAGCAUCCAAAGUUCAGGGAAAUGAUUGAUGUUGCUGCUCGAGCAACCAACAGUGUCAAAAUUCCAGGCAGGAAGGCAACUCGUGCGGAGAUAAUGAGAACAUUCAAAACUCAUCUUACGGGGCUCAGGAACACACUCAAUGUAAGUAAUAUUUAUGAUAUUGCUCUAUCUACUCAACUAAUGUAG